GCCGAGUAAACACAUCGUCAGUCGUCACGCUUCAGUGCCAGCGCAGCUAAAAAGGUAGAGAGAGAAAGUGUAAAGUCUCACUCGUCGGCCGGCGGCAACAACACGCGUCUGAGUUUGAUCGGCGAUGGCUUCCUCCUCCGAGCGCGAGAACUUCGUCUACGUCGCCAAGCUCGCCGAGCAAGCGGAACGCUACGACGAGAUGGUGGAUGCGAUGAAGAGUGUGGCGAAAAUUGGAGUGGAAUUGACGGUGGAGGAGAGGAAUCUGCUGUCAGUUGGGUACAAGAAUGUGGUGGGAGCCCGGAGGGCGUCGUGGAGGAUCUUGUCCUCGAUUGAGCAGAAGGAAGAGUCGAGAGGGAACGAGCAGAAUGUGAAGAGGAUAAAGGAGUACAGGCAGAAGGUGGAGACGGAGCUCUCCGACAUUUGUGCUGAUAUUAUGACUGUGAUUGAUGAGCAUCUUAUUCCCGCAUCCACUGCUGGGGAAUCCACUGUGUUUUACUACAAGAUGAAAGGGGAUUAUUAUCGGUACCUUGCUGAGUUCAAAACUGGUAACGACAAGAAAGAGGUUGCUGAUCUUUCUCUGAAAGCAUAUGAGACGGCUACCAGUACGGCAGAAGCUGAGUUAUCACCUACACAUCCCAUUCGCUUGGGAUUGGCUUUGAAUUUCUCUGUUUUCUACUACGAGAUCAUGAACUCUCCUGAAAGGGCUUGUCACCUUGCAAAGCAGGCUUUUGAUGACGCAAUUUCUGAACUGGAUACCUUGAACGAGGAUUCCUACAAAGACAGUACCUUGAUAAUGCAGCUUCUCAGGGACAAUCUCACUUUGUGGACUUCUGAUAUCCCGGAGGAUGCAGAAGACGCUCACAAGGGGGAUGCUCAGAACAAAGCUGGAGGCGAGGAUGCAGAGUGAACGAUGGAGACAAUUGAUACCACCUCCCAUGUGUAUUUGGAGAAAAGAGAGGAUGCGUAUUCAUGUGGGGACAUGUUUGUUUCUUAAAAUUGUUAUAGAUACUGAUUGUCGGUGUAUCUUGUUAUAGCUUGCUUUCAUCUUUUUUUUUUUUUUUUUAAUUUGGAAGUCGACAUGUGGUUUGAUUUGCAUCACCAUGCCUUUUCCUCCUCUCUCCAUAUAGUUGAAUGGCUUUAGCCUUUAGAAGAAGAUUGGUUCUGUCUGUAGGUGGUUUUGUUUUUCAGGUUACUGCCCAGCAGUCUAAAUAUGUUCCUUCCUUUCAUCCUUUCUAAUUCUCUCUUGUGAUUUCAAUAAUGACCUGCAGAACCCUUGACUACAUGGCUCUGCAUUACAUCA